UCUUCAUUUUCAUUUCACACAAGCAAAGCACAAAUGCAAAUUUGAAUCUGUCAUCCAUGCUAUUGCUAGUUGCUAGUGUUUGUGUGAUUCCUUCUAAUAUGAUUACAAACUUGGGUACUGAAGGUUUUCUUGCAUAGAAAAAAUAUACUAAUAAUAAGAACAAAAUUUGUUAGCAGAAAAUCUGAAAUUUUUAGUUAAACCCAAGAAAGAAAAAGAUAAAAUGAAAAUGGAAAAGAAAAAGGAAAAGGCAACAAUCAAGAAAAUAAAAGAAAAGAAAAGAAAAGAAAGAGAGCAGUAAAAACCAAAAAGCAGUUUUGGAGAUGGAGGCAUUAUAAAUAUAUGUAUAUUGUAUGGUUGUUUGUUUUGGGGGUGAAUGAAAGUGAAACAAAUAUAAAUGUGAAAGAAGAGGAAGAAUAAAAAAAAGCGAAGGCAGGUGCUGAAGAAAUUGCUGAAUCUGGCAGAGCCUGCCCUUGUCUGCACUUUUCUUCUGCUACUUAUAUAUGCCACUCUCUUUCUCUUGCCUUGUUCAUUCCUAAUAUUAUUUCUCAGGAUUAGAAGAGGCUCCAGAUAUGGGAGUGGGAGGAGCUUCCUCAAAACUGAAAAGGGUGGCCAGGAAAAUGGUGGUUGCUGCAUGUGCCUCCUUCUCCUCGAGAAAGCCAUCUGCUCUUGUGGAUCCCCUUUCCAUCGACUCUUCUGUCAAUGGGUCUGAUUCUACAGCAAUGUCUCCUGCAAAACCAAAGAAGAGCUCAGAGGAAGCAGAAUCCACCACCAUCAACAAUGACCACACACUGGCUUCUAAGAACUUGUGCGCAAUAUGCCUGGAAGCUCUGACUUACAGCACAGGGAACAACCCAGGCCACGCUAUAUUUACAGCCCAGUGUUCUCAUGCUUUUCACUUUGCCUGCAUCUCAUCCAAUGUACGCCAUGGUAGUGUCACCUGCCCCAUCUGCCGUGCCCAUUGGACCCAGCUUCCUCGCAACCUAAACCCACCUUGUUCGUUGUCUUGCAACCAAACUGACCCCAUUUUCCAAAUUCUUGAUGACUCCAUUGCCACUUUCCGCGUCCAUAGACGCUCCUUCCUGCGCUCUGCCCGUUACAAUGAUGAUGACCCCAUAGAGCCUGAGGACACCUCCAACCAUCCACGCCUUGAGUUCUCUCUUGUGCCCGUGCCACCAACACUCCUUCAUCAUCCAUGCACUCAAGCCACUGGACGCAGCUCACGCUACCAUAAUGUUCACCACUUAACAGGCUUCUCUUCUUCAUUGUUUGUACACCCACCAACUUCUUAUACAUGCUCCUCCUCAAAUAGGAGACCUGCUGUCUCUCUCUCUGUAAAAUCAACACAUCAAAGAGCAAUAGACUUGGUUCUGGUUGCAAGCCCCAACGGACCACAUUUGAGGCUUGUCAAGCAAUCCAUGGCAUUAGUGGUAUUCUCCCUCCGCCCUGUUGAUCGUUUGGCUAUUGUGACUUACUCUUCAUCUGCUUCUCGCAUCUUUCCAUUGAGACGCAUGACAUCCUAUGGUAAGCGAACAGCUCUGCAAGUAAUUGACCGUCUUUUCUUCAUGGGGCAAGCAGAUCCGACUGAGGGCCUCAAGAAAGGUAUAAAGAUACUUGAAGAUCGUGCCCACAAGAAUCCAAAUUCCUGUAUCUUGCAUCUCUCUGAUAGUCCAACGAGAUCAUACCAUGCCAUCAACAUGCAAUAUCCCAUUCCAAUCCAUCGGUUUCAUGUGGGAUUUGGCUUUGGAACUUCCAAUGGAUUUGUCAUGCAUGAGUUUGAAGAGUUCUUAGUGAGACUGCUUGGAUGUGUGAUCAGAGAUGUUCAAUUGAAAAUUGGGGAAGAAGGCAGAAUAAUAAGGCUUGGAGAGCUAAGAGGCAAUGAAGAAAGGAUAAUUUUAUUAGAAUUGGGCAAUUCUGGACAUGUCUGCGUGGGAUACAGCUACAUUGAGGGCGGAGUUGAUGAGUGCACCAGAACGGGAGAAACUGUGGUUAGUUUAAGGGAUAAACGGGAAGCACAUGAUACUAACAUAGAUGCUGUCGUUGCAGGGAGGGAAGCAAACAUAAUUGGAGGGAGGACUAGUAGCGUUGAGAGUUGGGAUUACCAUGAUCCUUACAUGGCUAGAAGAUGGGCUAAACAUUUGCAUGGUUAUAGGCUUUGAAUUACAGAAUCAAAACUUCACCAUACAUAUAUGCAUACAUCAAUCAGAUCCACAAGAAGAUUUCAGUCAUUCUGUGUGAGCUUCCUAAUGGUUGAACAAGCAGCUAUGCUUAAACUGCGGGAAAAAAUAUGUUUUAAUGAGAGUGCUUUAACAAAAUCCACAAAUGUAGCUAAAGACUUGCAAAAUCAUACCUCAUCCUUUAAUGCAUACUUCCAUUGCAACUUUGUAGGACUUCUUAACAUCAGCUGCUUAUAAAUUUAAGUAAAAGCAUUCAGUAUAUAUUUCCCACAAAA